AUGAGCCAACUCAAUGGACCCGCGGCCUCGGUGACUCCAACACAGGCUACCCUCACCAAACAUGGAAGGUCGCUCUCCCAGCAGGAUACCGAAAAUACAUUCAGUGCAAAAGACGUCAUACAAAGUCAGCAUGCCAGAUCGCUAGCUAACGCACUCAAUUUUGGUCCUAGAAAUGCCUCUCUGGCACCGUCAGGCCCGCCGCCUGGGAGUUUCAGUUCUGACCUGAAGACUAUCAACUAUGGACGAGUAGGAAACUUGGCGACACCAAAACCGGAGACUGGAAGCUUUGCAGGAGACUACUUCGACAAGGAAAGUUCAGCUUCAUCCGAGCAGAGACAAAUCCAGCUGCGUGACAAGAUCCUCGUGGAAACAAAGAUCAAGAUUGGCUCUGAAAACCUACUAGAGGCGUUGGUUGUGAAAAACUCAAAACAAACCAAGGACCAGCGUCACAAAGUAGAAUCAGAGCUUAAUUUGACCAAUCGCAAGCUCACAGAGUUGAGUGGUCUUCUAGAUGAAGAGAUCGAGCGGUCCAACCGACCAACAACACCUACCCGGGAUCGUUUAUCAGGUUUCUUUCAGUCGAGCCCACUGAAAUCACCUGGCGAGGAUGGCUCGCAUCAGAACAAUGGAAACGCGGUCGAGUCGGAAUCGCCCAGUCUCAUCCUCGACGGCCUGCUACAAGCUUUGGAACUGGAAGGCAUGCAAGCUGAUUACUAUGUCGAGCGAGCCAACAGCCUCGUCGAGCUCUUCAAGAGAUAUCCUACUAUCAAGUAUGAUUUGGCUUGGUCAAUUUUUGGGCUUCGUGUUCAGACCAUGCUUCUCAGCGAGAAUCGUGAAGUCACGGCUGCAGGAUAUCGAGUGUCAAGGCAUGCCAUAGCAGAUCGCAGAUCUCUACAAACCAUCCGUGGGCUCAAUACAGACGACCUUGUCAUUCUUUCGUUGGUCAAAGAGAGCAAAGCUAGCAUGGAGAGGGAGCAAGCUUUGAAAUUUGUGCGAGCGUUCUUGGACGUCAAAGGAGGUGUGGAUGAGCUUUCAAAUGCUGUCCUGCGUACUGUUGUUUCAGUCGCUGAACACUACGAAGACCGGCUCCAAAACAUGAGCCUGUUGACGCUCGCAGAAGUUCUCCUCCAAGAUCCUCGGAAGGCUUUGGUCGCAGGUGCUGUUGGCCCAUUAGCGAAUGCAUUUGUUGAAGGAUCGUACCAGGGCCUGGAAAGUCUUGCUCUGAUCUUCUUGCAAUUAGAGGACAAGCCACGUUCCCGAGUGUUUCUGACAUCUGGAUAUGAGCUAGAUGGCGCCUUUACCCCUUUCACCGACCCUGGACUCGGCAGAGUUCAUGAAGAGCGGCUCAAGACCAAUGCACGACUUAUCUCUGCCAUUUUGAAGACGUGGCCAGGCCUUUUCGCGGUCUCCCGUAGAAAUUUCAUGGGCAUUCGCUCUCUGCUUAAAUCCUUGCAAUAUGAUGUCCCCCUUGCCAGGGAUAUUAUUCUGGAUCUGCUUUUUGACGUUCUACACAUUAUACCUCCUGCAUGGACAUCGUCCUUCCUGGCUGGUCGUCGUCUCACAACCUACGGCAGGGUCACAAACAUGAAAUCGGAUAGCCCCGAGUUCCAUUCCAAGGCCGAUUUUCUGGAGGAGGAAACCCCAAAGUUCAAUCUUGUUGAGCAUUUUACAGCGUUAUUGCUCGCAGUCUUUGUAGAGUGUGAUCUUGUCCAAUCGCUCGUCGAUCUUUCAAAAAGUACACCAGAUCAAGCACUUAGACGAAAGGCCACAGUUUUGUUGGGAGAAGUUCUCAAGCUAGCUGAUCAUUCUUUACCGAACCUCAUAAGCACAAGACUACAGCCUCUUCCUCACCUUUUCUCGGAAGCAUUGGAUGGCCUCGAAGAAGAUGCGAAUGGUUGGUUGCCCUCCGCAAUGAUCUACCAGGUAGAUCGCGUAAGCCGUACCAUGCAGAGAUCGAACACGCAAUCUAAAACACAAAAAGCUCCAACCGUAGCCAUAGGCUCAGCUAGAUUGUUAGAGCAUGGGCCUCCACACUCCAGCGAGCAAGCGAAAAACCGGAUGAGUAUCGACAUUGAAGAGCUGCGCUUUCGUUCCAUCCUCAUGGAUACUCAAGUGCUGACUACUGCGAAUUAUCUCAAAUGGCGCUGGGAUCUCAUCGUGGAGGUUGUUGAAGGUCCCUUGACAAAUGCAAAGCGUUUAGAGGAGUCUAUCAAAGCUAGCAAAUUUCUGAAGAGACUGAUUGGCUUUUACCGGCCUUUUAAGUACAGGUUUUCAGAUAUUAAGAACACGAAACCAAAUCAACGUUACGUGCGGGCAGGUUGCGCUCUGAUGAAAACCUUGCUACAAACUACUGAGGGUGUACUCUUCCUAUCGGAAAGUAAAUUCAUGAGACAGCUUGCAGAAUGCCUCGCUCAGCUUGAUAAACAGAGUGGCCUGACUGCUAUGAAGCCCUUGUUCUCCCGAGAGCGGAUCUUGGACACGUUGACCGGUGGUUAUUUCUCCUUCCUGGGGACUUUGAGCAGCGAUCCCAAGGGUCUUGGUAUCCUGGACCGAUGGCGCAUGACAAACAUGCUCUACCAUGUGUUGGAGCUUGAUACACGGGAGGACUUAAUCAAACUGCUGUUGAGCAACAUGGACUUCUCCCUUGACAGUCACAUGCGUGUCAUGCUCUCUAAGGCUGCGACAGCAUGCCGCAAGAAUAUUCGAAUACUUGCGACCAGACUGCUUCGCAAGUAUGCCAGCACCUCCCCAUCCGAGAUCAACAAUAAGGCCCGAAGCUUUGAAGGUUGUCAAUGGGCCAUUCGCCUUCUAGUGACGCAACUUUAUGAUCCUGAAGUACAGGUUUCCGAAAUUGCCGUACAGAUUCUUGAGGAAGUUUGCAACAAGACGGCGCAGCUAGAGUACGUUGUCAAGUGCCGACCAGCAUUAGAUCAUCUUGGUGCCAUAGGGGCACCUCUCCUGCUCCGCUUCCUAUCAACAUCUUUGGGCUACAAAUACUUAGAUGGCCUGGAUUACAUUACCCAGGAAAUGGACGAUUGGUUCUUGGGCCGCAAUGACAGCUAUGUGACACUUGUCGAAGCGUCAUUGUCGCGCGCGUUCUUGCCAACUCCAGAACGGCCAAAGUCAAGCGGCGACGACCACGUCAAAGCUGAGGAAUUUGGGAACGUACCACCGCAUUUCUAUCGGGAACUUACCCGCACAGAAGAGGGCUGCCAGCUAUUGCGUGAUUCCGGCCACUUUGAAGCUUUUGUCGCAAACAUACGGAAAUUGUGGGCUGAGCAUGAGGAUCAAGAGGCUAUGGUGAAGGUCAAAGGCUCCUUAUGGGCCGUGGGCAACGUUGGAGCCAUGGAGCUUGGUGCACCUUUUCUAGAAGAAUCAGAUGUGGUGGCUUGGAUGAUCAGGAUCGCAACGAGCUCGCAAGUGAUGACCAUGCGUGGAACGGCGUUCUUCAGCUUGGGUCUUAUCUCGAGAAGCUUGCAUGGUAUGGAGAUACUUCUUGAGCAUGGUUGGACAGCUGCCACGGACCAAUUCGGCCGCUCGCUGGGGUGCUGUCUCCCACCGCGGCUUGAAGACCUACUUUGGAUGGAUCGCAACACAGGCGCGAAUGAGUCUAGCGAACCCACCUUUACAGACAUCAUUCGCGAUGUGAGACCUUCGACGGAUGACGAUCCAGUUCACGCUCGGAUCUUGGCCGUUGUGACUGACUUGAGCAAUACGGUACUUACCAAAAAAGCAGCGGGCGACCUGUACAGCAUCAAGGCCAAGUCUCCAGAGCAGUUCAAUUCAUUGAUCUUGUUUCGCAAGGUACGACGCUUUGUGAUCGAUCUGUUUGAUAAAAGCGUCAUGAGACGCAUCGUACUCGACGAGGAGUCACCCGGCGGCAUCGGGUCGUAG